AGGCUGCAGCUGGAUUCGAUCCUGCGCGACUGCCGCGAAGGCGGGGGCGGAGGCUCGGCCUGCGCGGCUGGGAGCGGCUUAGGGGAGGAGGGAAGACCGGAAGCCACGGUUGCGUCCCCAUCCUUAGAUUCGCUCCUCCGGGCAGGGAGCGGAGACGGAGGAGGAGGGAGAGGCUGAAUGUUGGCUCGGUAAUUGAGCGGAGCGGCCGCUCCAGAGCCUCCUCCCGGGGCGCCCCCCUCAGUCCGUCUGCGCUUCUCAGCCGCCAGUCUCCUGGCCGCGCAGUCCCCGCGGACGGCCGGGUCGCGGAGACCCUCGCAGAAGAGGCGCUGCCGGUGGCGAGGACUGGCCGGCGGCAUCCGAGGCGCGCGCCCCACCGCCACCCCCACCCGCCUGCCAGCCGGUCCCUCCGGCCGCCGCCAUGUCCUCCUCCUCUUCCUCCCCCAGGGAGACGUACGAGGAGGACCGGGAGUACGAGAGCCAGGCCAAGCGUCUUAAGACCGAGGAGGGGGAGAUCGACUACUCGGCCGAGGAAGGCGAGAACCGCCGGGAAGCGACGCCCCGGGGCGGGGGCGAUGGCGGCGGCGGCGGCCGGAGCUUCUCCCAGCCGGAGGCAGGUGGAAGUCAUCAUAAAGUUUCUGUUUCACCCGUCGUCCAUGUUCGAGGACUCUGUGAAUCUGUGGUGGAAGCAGACCUCGUGGAAGCGCUGGAAAAAUUUGGGACAAUAUGCUAUGUGAUGAUGAUGCCAUUUAAACGACAGGCUCUAGUGGAAUUUGAAAACAUAGAUAGUGCCAAAGAAUGUGUGACAUUUGCUGCAGAUGAACCCGUGUACAUUGCUGGUCAACAGGCUUUUUUCAACUAUUCUACAAGCAAAAGGAUCACUCGGCCAGGAAAUACUGAUGAUCCAUCAGGAGGCAACAAAGUUCUUCUGCUCUCAAUUCAGAAUCCGCUUUAUCCAAUUACAGUGGAUGUUUUAUAUACUGUAUGCAACCCUGUUGGCAAAGUGCAACGUAUUGUUAUAUUCAAGAGAAAUGGGAUACAAGCUAUGGUUGAGUUUGAAUCAGUCCUUUGUGCCCAGAAAGCUAAAGCAGCACUCAAUGGAGCUGAUAUAUAUGCUGGAUGUUGCACACUAAAAAUUGAAUAUGCACGGCCAACUCGUCUAAAUGUUAUUAGGAAUGACAAUGACAGUUGGGACUACACUAAACCAUAUUUGGGAAGACGAGAUAGAGGAAAGGGUCGCCAGAGACAAGCCAUUUUGGGAGAACACCCUUCUUCGUUUAGACAUGAUGGCUAUGGAUCCCAUGGUCCAUUAUUGCCUUUACCAAGUCGUUACAGAAUGGGCUCUCGAGAUACACCUGAACUUGUUGCUUAUCCAUUACCGCAAGCUUCUUCCUCUUACAUGCAUGGAGGAAAUCCCUCUGGUUCAGUUGUAAUGGUUAGUGGAUUACAUCAACUAAAAAUGAAUUGUUCAAGAGUCUUCAACCUGUUCUGCUUAUAUGGAAAUAUUGAGAAGGUAAAAUUUAUGAAGACCAUUCCUGGUACGGCACUGGUAGAAAUGGGUGAUGAGUAUGCUGUAGAAAGAGCUGUCACACACCUUAAUAAUGUCAAAUUAUUUGGGAAAAGACUUAAUGUUUGCGUGUCUAAACAACAUUCAGUUGUUCCAAGUCAAAUAUUUGAGCUGGAGGAUGGUACGAGUAGCUACAAAGAUUUUGCAAUGAGCAAAAAUAAUCGCUUUACAAGUGCUGGCCAAGCAUCUAAGAAUAUAAUCCAGCCACCCUCCUGUGUUUUGCAUUAUUAUAAUGUUCCAUUGUGUGUCACAGAAGAGACCUUCACAAAGUUGUGUAAUGACCAUGAAGUUCUUACAUUCAUCAAAUAUAAAGUGUUUGAUGCAAAACCUUCAGCCAAAACACUUUCUGGGCUAUUAGAAUGGGAGUGCAAAACUGAUGCAGUAGAAGCGCUUACAGCACUGAAUCACUAUCAGAUAAGAGUCCCCAAUGGUUCCAAUCCCUAUACAUUGAAGCUUUGCUUUUCUACAUCAUCCCAUUUAUAAGAAGAGAAGAGCAUGUUAGAAUUUAUGUUCACCUUUAUUACAAUUUCAAAGCUACACUUCAUUAAAAAAAAAAAAACUAAAAUGGUUGAUCUCAUGUUGCCUUGCUUACUUUAAGAUCCUGUUCUGUAAUAAACAUAUUUUGCCUCGAGUAAAUUUGUUGUAAACUUAAAUAUUGAAUUGUUUUCAUUUUAAGAUAGAAUAUCAUAAUGUAGACUACAGCUUCAUUGUAGAUUAUACAGAUAUAUGAUUUCUAACCUUAUUACUGGAAUUUUUCUUCCACAGUAAAAAUAUAUUUGCAUUCUUAAUGCUAAUUAUCUGCAAGUAUUUUUUCAUUGUGUAAGAGAUUAAUGCAGGUGAAAGUAUUGCAUUUUAAUAUAGAAUUCCUAUUAUAUGUUUAGAUGUUUAAGUAUGUUGCAGUUACUCAUAUUAAACAUAACUUGUAUUUAUUAUUUUAAUCAAGUUUGAGAAUAACAUUACGUAUGUUGAAUUUUAAGUGCUACAGAUUUAACUGAUUUUAUAUUUCUGAAAGGCUAACAGACAUGGAUACACGUAUACAGUAUGCAUUCAAACUUAUUUAAAUUGGUGUAUUUUUUUUUAAGUCACUGUCCAUUUGUAUUGACAUGCCUCUGUUUCUAGUCCAGUUUGGAGAUUUUAUAAAGUUAUAACAAUGAGUUAAUGUGUUCAUUUUCAUUUGUUGCAUGUGACUUAAAUCUUAGAUACAGCUAGUAUUUGGCAUUGAGAUUUUUAUAGAGGUUAUAAUUAACAGUUCCUCUUAUAGAUAAUAAUCUGGGAUCCAUGGGUGGGCUUCAGAGAAUCUGUGUACCCCCUAAAAUUGUAUGUAGAAUUUUGGAUAUUUACAUUUUUAUUUUUUACUCUUGGAUCCAUCAGUAAUAUGUAUUUUUCUAUAUGGUACAAGAUUUAAGGAUCUAAUUUUAUUUUUAUUCCAAACAGAUAGCUAUUUGUCUCAAUACCAUUUAUUAAACAUUCUUUCUCCCACUGGAUCUGUUUUUUUUUUUUCUUUUUAAAAUAAUAGAUUUUAUACAUAGGCAAGUAAGAUUUAAGGACCAAACAUGGUAUUAAGAGACUAUAGCACGAUUGUUGUCAAGUUCACAGCUUUUUUACAAUAGAAAAACUGAUGUGGCCAUUUUGUUUUCAUCUUUAAAAGAAGGGAGAAUACGUGUCAUCUACCUAGAAUAACUGAUAUCAAUAGUUGACAAUAUCAGUUUUGUAAUCCUGACACUUUAAAAUUUGUAAAUGAAAGUUCCAUUUAGAUCUUUUGUAAAGACUUUAUUUUAAAUUUUAAUAUAAAAAAUCCUUUUAGAAAUAAGGCAGGCGUUUACAAUUUUAGGGAAACUAAACACACAUUAACAUUUAUUUCCCCUCAUUUUGAUGGCAGUGGGCCAGGAUUUAGCCCUCUAAAGAUAAAGAAAAAAUUAAAUUUAAUCUAGAAGUAUUUUAGACCCUUAUCACAGAACCCAGUAAGUUAUGCCAAGGGUAACUGUGUGAACUAUGUUCGAUACUGGGCUAUGUAUGUUUCUUAUUCGUUGCCAAUUUAAUACCUAAGUUUAUCUAACUUUACAAUAAAGCUUUUUUUCCCCUAUAAAUACUUUUCUACCUCUGUUGAAAAAUUGAAAUACCUUAAUUUUGGUUUAUGUAAUAGUUCUACUUUCCUUCCUCCUCUGAAAAUUAAUGUGGGUUGUCAGAAUUACAGACUUUUUAAUGCCUAAGAUUUUAAGAAAUAAACCUGUAGGUAUUGGCAGGGCUUAUUUCAUUUAGAUUUUAAUUAGUUUUGAUGUGUAGAAAUGAUUUUUAUCUGUAAGGCUCUCUCUCCACCAAAAUAAGUGAAUUGUUUGGGAGUAAACUAGUUGGUAAGUUGGGCCUUGCUGAUAGAUAUAUGCACUGGUGUGUAAGCCCUAUACUGCUGCUGUCACUAAUGUUUUUGAUAGUUUACUUAGGCAUGACUGCUAUUAAUGAAGUUUGCUUUGUGAAUACUCUCUUUCCUUAGCCUUGGUAACAUUCUUCUCUGUGCUAUCUUUAUGCUUUUAGAAGAACAAGAAAAAGCAGAUUUAAGAGCUGUAAAGAAAUAAUACUAGCUUUGAGUUUUUUAAAAAAAUAUUGAAAUCCCAUCUCUGUAUCCAAAUCCUACUACAUAUUUGAUAAUAAAUCUGCCAAACUGAGUUAUGGAA